GCUCCACGGAACCCCAGCAGCAGAAAACUGCUGUGUUUCACCAGAGAGGUGUUCAAAGAACAAUCAGUUAUUUCACCUUAAAGCAACAAUAAUUUCAGGUUCCACAGUGCAGAGGGAGUGCAAUCCACCCUGUGGAAGGACUGACAGGACUGGAUCCACUUUUAGGCUUUUCCAACCUAAACAAUUCCAUGAUUCUGUGAUUCCAUUCUAUGACAGCCGAAGCAGCCAGGGCCAGACACAAACAAAACAAAACAAAACAAAAAAAUACACAAAUGUGCUUUUAACUGGAGGUUUCUAAGGGGUCCCCGUGUGUGUGCCUGAGGGAUUAACAGUGUCCAGAGGCUUCCCGUGCCGGCCAGCUGCGUCACAAUGUCACCGUCGUCACAGCAACCCGCUCACCAUGGCCCCGGAGCCGCAGCCCCGGCUCCGUCUCUCCCGGAGCUUCUUUUAAUUAAAGCUGGGGAAGGCUGUGAAAGCCGGGGCUGGAGGCCCCCAGAGCCCCGGGAGAACCCGGUGACCCCAGGUCUGUGCAAGCCCUGCACAGACACGUUUCACUGCAAUGAAUUUUGCUGUGAAACUGUCACAGGGCAGAGCGUUGGGGACGCUGCCAUCCCCUCCUGGUCACAGCUCAGCUGUGAAAGUUAUUUCACUUUCGUGUGGCUUUUCCCCAGCAAUUCCCACCCCAGAGAGACCUGCCGAGUCCAGAUGGAUGAGAUGACCUUUAAAGGUCCCUUCCAUCCCAAACCACUCCAUGAUUCCCGAAUUUCCCCUGCAAGCAUCAAUGUCACCUCUUAAGCAAAACAAACCACAGAGAGAGAAAUAAGGAUCUGUCAGGAGGAAGAAGGAAAGCCAGUCCCAUUUUACCACCUCAGCCCCAAAAACUGAGCUGGAAUUCCCUCCCCUGGGUGGGACCCACGGGGUGAUGUUUAUUCACACAAGGUGAGGCUGGUCCCCACGAGGUGAUGCCGAUCCCUGCAGGGUCGGGCUGGUCCCCACGAGGUGAUGUCUGUCCCUGCAGGGUCGGGCUGGUCCCCUCACUCGGGGGCUGCCCUCCCCGGCUGCCUUUGAUCAGAGCACGGCUCUGUUUCCCUGCUCUCCGUGCCGUGGGUUUCCAGCGGGAGGUGGGGAAGCGCAGUCAGCCUGACCCUCCCCUCCUCGGAUCUGUCAUCAGCCACACAGAAAUCCUUCCCAAGUUACUCAGCCUGAAUCCUGCAGGAUUUGCCGGGGUGGCAGGAUGGCAGAGCAGCCCUGCCUGGGUCCCCCUGCCAGCCCUGCAGCCCCAAACCCCCAGACCCACCCCAGGGACAAGUGGAGCAAAAAGAUGGAUUUCCUCCUCUCCGUCGUCGGAUUCGCCGUCGAUCUGGGAAACGUCUGGCGGUUCCCUUACAUCUGCUACCAGAACGGAGGGGGAGCCUUCCUCAUCCCCUACACGCUGAUGGCUGUUUUUGGGGGGGUGCCCCUCUUCUACAUGGAGCUGGCCCUGGGGCAGUUCCACAGGACAGGUGCCAUCCCCAUCUGGAAGCGCAUCUGCCCCAUCUUUAAAGGCAUCGGCUUUGCCAUCUGCAUCAUCGGCCUCUACGUCUCCUUCUACUACAACACCAUCAUUGCCUGGGCUCUCUACUACUUCUACUCGUCCUUCUCGGGCACCCUGCCCUGGGCAAGCUGUGACAACCCCUGGAACACCCCUGACUGCACCAACUACUUUGGGAAGAGCAACGUGACCUGGACCAACUUCUCCAGGUCCCCCGCUGAGGAGUUUUACACGAGGAAGGUCCUGGAGAUCCAGAAAUCCGGGGGUCUGUAUGACAUCGGGGGGAUCCGCUGGCAGCUGCUCCUCUGCCUCUUCCUCAUCUUCACCAUCGUCUACUUCAGCCUGUGGAAAGGGGUGAAAACCUCUGGGAAGGUGGUGUGGGUGACAGCCACGCUGCCCUACGUUGUCCUGCUCAUCCUGCUCAUCCGAGGGGCCACCCUGCCUGGAGCCUGGAGAGGGGUCGUCUUCUACCUGCGCCCAGACUGGGGCAAGCUGCUGAGCACCGCGGUUUGGGUGGACGCUGCUGCACAGAUUUUCUUCUCCUUGGGCCCUGGAUUUGGAGUCCUCCUUGCUCUGGCCAGUUACAACCAUUUCCACAACAACUGCUACCGGGAUGCACUGGUCACCAGUGCUGUGAACUGCCUCACCAGCUUCCUCUCAGGCUUCGUCAUCUUCACCGUGCUGGGCUACAUGGCCGAGAUGAGGGACGUGGAGGUGGAGGAUGUGGCCAGAGAUAAAGGGCCCAGCCUCCUCUUCAUCACCUACCCUGAAGCAAUUGCCAACAUGGUGGGAUCCACCUUCUUCGCCAUCAUUUUCUUCCUGAUGAUGAUCACCCUGGGGCUGGACAGCACGUUUGGAGGUUUGGAAGCUGUGAUCACAGCCGUGAUGGACGAGUACCCCCAGGUCCUGGCAGGGCGACGGGAGCUCUUUGUCCUCGGCCUCAUCACAGUCUGUUUCCUGGGCUCCCUCAGCACCCUCACCUACGGGGGAGCCUAUGUGGUGAAGCUGCUGGAGGAGUUUGGUGCUGGCUGCUCCAUCCUGGCAGUGGUGCUGCUGGAAACCAUCGCUGUCUCCUGGUUUUAUGGGAUCCAGAGGUUCUCCCACGAUGUCAAAGCCAUGCUGGGCUUCACCCCAGGGCUCUUCUGGAAGCUGUGCUGGGUUGCCAUCAGCCCAGCCUUGCUGGCGUUCAUUGUCAUCAGCUCCCUCCUGGACCAGCCUCCCCUGACCCUCUUUGAGUACCAGUACCCCGAGUGGAGCAUCUCUGUGGGAUUCCUCAUCGGAGCAUCGUCCUUCAUCUGCAUCCCCCUGUAUAUGGUGUACAAACUUGUCUGGACUCCAGGGUCCCUCAAGCAGCGCCUCGCCGUCUGCAUUCGGCCCGAGAAGCUCAUGCGAGCCCCCCAGGCAGAGGGGGUGGGCAUGGCCCCCGUCCUGUAGCGCGGUGGCACGGCCGGGGAACACGGAGGCUGCUCGGGCUCCCUCCUUGGCACAGCGAUGGGGCAGCUGCCAUCGCACUCCUCACCGCGGACCGGACCUGGCAUCUCCACGAGCAUCCCUGGCACCGGCGGCACGUCCCGGCGGAGCUGAGCCCGUUCUCGCUGCUGGCAGGGAGAAAACCACGGCAGGGAGAACGGGAGCAGCGCGGCGGCACCCGGGCGGGCAGCCAAGGGGCCAAACGCCCGGGGUUGGAGGAGAACCUCAGCUCCCGGAGCAGAUGGAGGAAUCGCCUCGCUCCGAGGUUCCCCCGUGCAUGUCUGUAGCUGUGCCGUGAGUGUUUGGAAAAUAAAGCUGAUGCUGAUGCUCGGAGAUGAGGGCAGAGAGAGGAGGCGGAGCUCGCAGUGCUGUGUUCAUGGAGCGCCGUGCGGGACUCAGAGCCCGGGCUGAGCUGGGGGACAGGGUGGCUGUCGCUGUCCAGACAUACCUUGUCCUGCUACAAAGAUCCAAAAUCCGGCCGAGGAAUAGCCCGAGCCGGGGGGUGGGUUCCAGGUGCUGCUGAAGCCGGGCAGGUCGGUGCCUCCUGCCGCCCCAUCCCGGGGGAUCCAGGGAAUAAGCGUUUGAAGAGGGAAAGACCCUCAUAUAUCUCAUUUUAAAACCAAACCCUGGGGGGGGGUGAGGCAUUCCUGGGCCGGUGCGAAUCAGCCACCUGUCGCGGCUUCCCAGCCCCGUCGCUCCCAGAGCAGCAUCACCGUUCCUCGGUGUUUGGGGACCUUAAAACACCGGAAAGAACCCACGUUCGUGACAGCGGGGGCUUGGGGGAGGACACAGGGCUUGGGGGUCGAAGAUGCCCACGGGGUGUAGGGACGCGCAGGGUGGACGCGAGGCACAACGCUCCCGGUGCCGCUCCCGGUGCCGUUCCCGGUGCCGCUGCAUGGC